CUCAAGCUCACCGCUCAUUACCCCAAACGACUCACCAGCCUCUUAAUCAGUCUCCGCACUCAUCAUAUCCCCUUGAACAAACACUUGCAUCGACUAACCAAAGCCGACUCCCCUCAUUGUCCUCACUGCCCGCAAGCAGAAGAAACCAUACACCACUAUCUAUUUGCAUGCCCUCAAUAUCAAAGAGAACGACACAUCCUGUCUUGUGCGCUCGGUCGCAAAUCCACUUCACUACCCCACCUCCUAGCAACACCCGAAGCCAUACCCCAUUUAGUUUGUUUUGUUAAUGCUACGCGCCGUCUUAAACCAACCUUAGGUGAAAUC